CUAUACAUUAAGAAACAAUUGAAUAAAAUCGGUACGUCAAACAUAACCUCUACAGUUUUAAUAAGUCAAUUUCAAUUUGAGAGUUUAAAAAGGAAAUAAAAUUAAUUGUUUAAAUUUAAAUGAGAAUCUGUAAAAGUAAAAAAGUGAUAAUGAAUUUAGAUCCUAUCGAUAUAUGUCCAAAACCGGCAGUGUACCAAAGAAGCAAUGGUCGUGAAUCCCAUUUAUGUUUUUGGGCUAUUCUUAUGACUGCAAUACUUACGAUAAUAUUUUUCCUAACUGGAAUUUACUAUGACGUACUAUCCUUCAAGGAUUUUACUGAAACUGGAGCAUAUUAUUUUGAAAUGAGAAAUAUUAGAUACGAACUGAGAUACUUAACAGACAAAUUUGACAAAAUUGAUAUAAAGCGAAAGAAAUGUGAAAGGAAAAUAUUAACAUAUCUCUUGGAAAACGAACAUAUUAUUGAUAAAAAGAUUUCAGACGCCUUAGAUGUUUACGAUUCAGACAAAAUUGGACUAUAUGAUUAUGCUGCUUUAUAUGCAGGAGGGUCAGUGAUAUCGACUCCCAAUACUUCUCCUUAUUUAGUAGAACAUGCCACCAUAUUUCUCAUAAAUAUGAACUUUCUAUCUGAUCCCAAAAGCAUUUUGCAACCCACCACCUUACCAGGUAAUUGUUUCGCGUUUGAUGGUACAGAAGGAAGAGUCAGAAUAAAGUUGGCCAGAAAAAUUGAAAUUAAGGCCGUCACCAUGGAGCACAUUCGGCUAGAUGUAGAUAGGAGUAGUGCGCCAAGAGAGUUUCGUGUAUAUGGUCUUCCCCACCAAAAUGGAGAAACGCCCGAAGUUUUGGGAACAUUCACAUAUCAGCUUACUGGGAGACCCUAUCAAACUUUUCAAAUCGUCAACAAUGAUACCAAAGCUUUUGAAAUAGUUGAACUACAUAUACUUAAUAAUUAUGGAAAAGACGAUUACACAUGUAUCUAUAGAUUUAGGGUCCACGGUAAUUAUACUGAGUACUAGUUUAUUUAUUAAGUUUUAAUAGAAUAGGUUGUAAAAAAGCAUUAAAUUUAGAGUUCUUUGUAAUAAUAUGAACAAAAUCGAAGUAUAAAGAAAUAAAAACAUAGAAAUUAAUACAA